AUGGCGAACACACACGUUUUUCCUGGAGGAGUAAUAUCCGAUGAAGAUUUCCGUCAUGAUCAUGUUCAAACUCUGUCAUCACGUUUCCCGGCGUGUGCAGGUAGAGAAAAUGCCGAUGCAGGAUUCAGAGUAGCAGCUUUACGCGAGACCUUUGAAGAAACCGGUCUAAUUUUCUCCGACGAACACGAAAGACGUGUCGAAGAAAUCCGUGAUUUGCAAUUCAAAGUCAAGAACGAUCCUGGUGAAUUCUCGAAUUUAUUACCGAAAGAGAGUAUGCCAACGUUACUGCGGUCGUUGCAUCAAUGGACAAAUUGGCUGACACCAUCGGACAUCAAGCGCCGAUUCGACACUAUGAUGUAUGUCAAAUUCAUGGAUGAUCCUCGUCCAGCUCCCUCGUUGGACGCAUCAGAAAUAUCUUCGUGUGCCUGGCUGGGUCUUAAUGAAGCCUUGAGUCUAGGAAAAUCCAAGAAAAUUCUCCUUCCUCCGCCCCAGUUUUACGAAAUUUUAACGUUGAGGGAUAUAAUGAAUUCGUCUAGAACAUGGGAGGAAUUCCAGAAGAACGUGAUGCGACGAAGUGAACUGCUCCGUGAGGCAAGUAUUCGCUGGCUCGUGGUGCGAGUCAAAACAAAAGACGGCGAAAUCGGAUUGCUUCCUGGAGACGACAUGUAUCCAGAAUUCCCUGUUGAAGAGACCCGUGACGGCAUGGAAGAGUUGGCCAUAACUUGUGAUGAAGCUCGAGAAAAGUGUAUGAAAGGAAAGCGUUGGUUCGGAACUGCGCGGCUCAACUCGCUGUUGUGUUUUGCGGGUGCAUUAGUUUCUAGCUACGGAUUAUACACAGAGUUGCGGAAAGAAGCGGAUCCCGAUUAUGCUCCAUUAUGUGAUUUACACGAGUACAUCAGCUGCUCAAAAGCGUUUGACUCAAAAUUUGGCAAAGGCUUCGGCAUAGUCGGUCCAUUGUUGGGGGAAGACUCUUCUUUAAAUCAAUACAACUCCUUGUACGGCAUCAUUUCGUACAGCCUGCUCUUCGUUAUUGGCAAGGAUGAAUCCAGUAGGAAGGAGAUUCAGCAUCCUGAAAUUCUUUGUUUUGAUAUCGAACAUGAUGUCGGUGUAUUUGUGGUGCAUUCUCGUCUUCGUAUUGAACAACUACCGUACAAACGAUACACGGAUGACACUGCUAUGGCAAUGGCUGUAGCAGAAAGUCUAGUCGAGAGAAAGGGCUUUGAUGCUCGUGAUAUGGCGAUUAGGUUCACGGAUGAAUACUUCAAAAGCCCCAGACGAGGCUAUGGAGGAUCUGUGGUCAACGUAUUUUAUAAACUGCGGCGAACUCGAUCAGAAAACCCUUUCGAACCCGCGGCCCUCCAGUUCAAUGGGUCUGGUUCCUACGGAAACGGUGCAGCGAUGCGAGCGUUUCCGGUAGCUUUGUUUUUCAGCAGAUGCGACACUGACAAAGACAAACUCAUGCAAGUUGCGAUAGAUCAAGGUAGAAUAACGCAUGCGAACUCGACCGGAUAUCACGGAGCUCUGCUGCAAUGUCUCGCUGUGUCACAAGCAUUCCUUGCCGAUCCUGGCGAAGUCGUGAAUAUCGAAGAAUUUUGUAAAGCCAUCGGUGAUAAGAUUCGAAAUGUUGAAGCGGAAAGUGAAGAAAGUUUACGGGAAAGCGGUGGAGCGGCAGUUUUUUCUGCGAAAAUGAAACGCCUUGAAGCCUUAGCAAAGCAGGCAAAAGAUCGAAGCAAGAUCGAUUUCGACAUCGUCAUACGAGAUCUGGGGAAUAAUAUUUCAGCGUUAGAAUCUGUACCCACAGCAAUAUUUUGCUACCUGAUGGCUCAAGACAAAACUCUGGAGUGUUGUCAGGGAGAUUCCGUGAUCGAAAGGUCAAUACAGCUAGCGAUCGCCCUGGGCGGUGACACGGACACAAUCGCCACCAUGGCCGCUGCUAUCGCUGGGGCUCAUGUCGGUGUGGAAGAUAUCCCCGAGGUUUUAUUGAAGCACUGUGAAGCGAGGGACCGAGUACGGGAUCUCGCAGAUAGGAUUUAUGCCCAUGUAGUAGGAGGCGAGGAUUUACAAGCCUCUGAUGUUUGAUUACUUCCCUGGUGAGUUUUCAAAAAGUUUUGUAGCCCGGUUUUCGUCCAUUUCUUGUUCACAAAUUAUGCUAGGGAAAGUUGUGUAGUGCUGUUGCGAAUAAUUUUUUUCCUUGCGAGGAAAAAAUUACAUCGAAAUGCGAGAAAUCUGGUGGGAAAGUUUUGGGAGUCCACUGUAAUGAUGACGAGAGGAUCCUGAGCCAAAUUGAGUGACGUUUGCCGAAUUUGAGAAGAACUUUACUGAUAUUCGAGAUGAUGCCGUUCUGCGAGAGUCCUAAUACAUUGUUCUUUUUGCUAUGUUUGGAAAUAUUUAUCCAAUAUGGAGAUGAAGCGCGAACUCGCUUUAGCAUGGGUAGAUGUCACUGUCAGUAAUGAUAGCUUAUUAAUUUCAUUUUAAGUUUUGUGUUCCUGGUUUUCUCCUCCGUAAGCAUGAGUUUUGCUACGGCAGCACCUCCGAGGUAUUUCAUUUUAAACUGCAAUUUUUAUUUAAUUCAGUCUGCGGUAUUGAUAACUUCUUCAAAUUGUUGGGCAUAUUACCGUCAAAAUUUGAGUGAAACAUCACGAAAAGUGCGACCUUAUCUGCUGUCGUGUAAUUUUUGUUAACUGUGUGUAAUGUAUCACUUAAAAUUGCGGGAAAUCGUUUUCCUUAAAUUUUCGAAGUGUUCGUCAUUUUUUUUCAUGGUUUCGCGUUGGAUCGCUGAAGGGCAGUGAGGUAUACUUUUUUUUAUCUGGAAUGUCCGAGUUCGCGAAGUAUGGAAAUGCUUUUCUAUGGUAACUCUACUUUUGGAAGCAAACAGACAAAUUUGACUAAGAUCAA